AUGUCUACCAAAAAGAUCGAACAAUGGGAGAUUGAGCGCUACUGGGAGAUCUUCGCCUCCCUCGCGAACGGCCAACCCCAUCUCAACAGCUCCCAGGCUGCCUCAGUGCUGCGCAACAGUCGCCUACGCGAUGAUCAGCUCGAGAAGGUCUGGGACAUUGCGGAUGUCGACGGCGAUGGCGAGCUCGACUUUGAGGAGUUCUGUGUCGCUAUGCGCUUAGUAUUUGAUCUUGUCAAUGGCGCACAAUUCUUACUAAAAUUGUACCCACAGGAGCUUCAAGAGGUCCCGCCCGUGCUGCCUGACUGGCUUGUCCCCGAAUCCAAAUCACAUCUCGUCCACGCCACACGGGCACUGAGCGGUCGGCAAGAGCAAUUCGAACGCAUAGAAGAUGAGGACGAUUCGCUUGGCUUGAAGGAUGGAUUCGAUUGGUACAUGAAGCCAGCUGAUAAGUCCAAGUACGAGGAAAUCUACAAUUCUAGCCGGAACCCCCGCGGCCAAAUUACCUUCGAUUCUCUAAGCGCUCUUUACGAUUCGCUUGACGUCCCCGAUACCGAUAUCCGCUCCGCCUGGAACCUUGUGAACCCCUCCGCCGGUCAGGCCAUCAACAAAGACGCUGCGCUCGCCUUCCUGCAUAUUCUAAACUACCGCCACGAGGGAUUCCGUAUCCCGCGCUCUAUCCCGGCAUCUCUCCGUUCUUCAUUCGAGAGUAACCAGAUUGAUUACCAAAUUGAUAAUAACGCCCGUCCUGCGCAGCGUUGGGGCGCAGAUGGAAAUACCGAGACAACGUCAGGACGCAAGGCUAAAUUCGGUGACACAUAUCUCAGCCGAUUGGGUGUUGGCGGAAAAGGCUCGUACCAGCCCAAGGGCACGGAUUUCAGUGAAACAGUUCAGGAUGAGGAAUGGGAGAAGGUGCGACUUCGAAGAGAGCUAGCAGAAGUUGAGGAGAAGUUGAAGGCUGCCAAUCAGGCUAGUGAUAAUCGACGGGAUGGACCGAGACACGAUGGACGGCCCAACUGGGUUCUUAUCAAGAAGGAGGCGCUGCAACUUUUGGAGUACAAGGAGCGGGAGCUGAGGGAGCUUCGAGAGGGGACGGGUCGCUCGAAGGAUGGUCAGGAUCUGGAGCGAUCGAGGGAGGAUGUUAAGGCUGUUGGGGAUCAAGUUGAUGGGUUGAAGACUCAUUUGGCGCAGCGGAAGACAGUUCUUGAAGAUUUGCGGGGUCAGAUUGAAGAUGAGAGGGCUCGGCGAUAA